CUGUGACCCAGGCCUGACACCUCCUCCCCCGACCGCCGGCUCUGUCUCGGUCGCCCGUGCUUGUGGAAGCAGAACCGUGGGGUAGGGGGAGCCUCCGAGUGUCCGCGGCUGGCCGCGGCGUGACAAGGCGCUCGUGCGCUUCGCCCCUGCGGGGGUGGCGGGGCUGGGCCGGGGGCGGCUGGCUGGGGGCGGCGGAGCGGCGCGGAGCCGGAGCGCGCACAGGCGGCCCCGCGCGGCGGGUGGAUCCCGCCGCACCCUCACAAUCGGCGCUGCCGGUCCCCGCCGCUUCCGAGAGGCGGAGAGGAGCGCGGGGGCUCCGAGCCUGCCCUCCUGGGCAACUGCUGCAGCGGGGUCGCAAUUGCCCUCUAAGAGCCAAAAGGAGGGAGGAGGAAAAACACAAAACGAUGAAGACGCUGCAGUGCUUCCUUCCAAAAGUAACGAGCGAAUCCCAGUCCCAAUGGCUCUGCUAAAACUUGAUGAUGCGGGCUUCCAAGCGGUAAAGACCUGCCGGGCUUGUAUUUACUGCGGUGGGAACAAGUUGCAGGAUGAAAUCCCGGCAUUAAGGCACCUAUUUUCCAUUUCGUUGUUGGCAAAGGAAUCUACUGAAAUGACUUUGAGGAUCUUUAAACUGGAACUAUGUGGAGGGAGACUGCACCCCCUUUUGCCUGUCUCCCUCUCCUAGCUGCCCUCCCGGGAUGCGAUGUCGCUCGCAGGCUGCGGCGGGGAUCACGCGUGCGGCCAGCGGCGCGCAGACUGCCCCUGAGCCCGGGCAUCGAGGGGCGCGACAUGCCCGCGGCCGCGGCAUGCCCUGCACCAGCACCGGCACCACCGGCACCCGCCGCACCGGCACCACCGGCACCCGUCGCCGCUCCGUCUCCUGAGGCUCUGGGGGAUAAAGCUGGCAAAGAUGAAGAAAAUUGGCUGUGCUCUCCUGGUACUUCAAGCUCUUCUGGCACCUUUGGAUCUUGUUCAAGGAGCAGACAAAAGUUACCCCAUCCUGAACAUUGCAGUGAUUCUGGGAAGGACCAAGUCUAUCAACGAGAGAGAUAUCAGAGCUCUCUGGACCAGGGAAAUGUCAGCAGACCUGACUGUUGAUGUCAAUGUAGUGACCCUUCUGGUGAACCAGACUGACCCUAAGAGCAUCAUAACACAUGUUUGUGACUUGAUGUCAGGCACCAAGAUCCAUGGAGUGGUUUUUGGAGAUGAUACUGAUCAGGAGGCAGUAGCUCAGAUUUUGGAUUUUAUUUCAUCUCAGACUUCUAUCCCAAUUCUUGGAAUUCAUGGUGGAGCCUCCAUGAUAAUGGCAGAUAAGGAUGUGAUGUCCACAUUCUUCCAGUUUGGGGCUUCCAUCCAGCAAGAAGCCAUCAUUAUGCUGAAGAUCAUGCAAGAUUAUGACUGGCAUGUGUUCUCUCUGGUGACCACCACCUUCCCUGGAUAUCGAGACUUCAUCAAUGUCAUUAAGACCACAGUGGAAAAUAGUUUUGUGGGCUGGGACAUGCAGAAUGUCAUCAUACUUGAUACCGCUUUUGGAGAUGCCAAGACACAGAUUCAGCUGAAGAAGAUCCAUUCAUCUGUGAUCCUGCUCUACUGUUCUAAGGAUGAAGCUGUCUAUAUACUGGAUGAGGCUCGUUCCUUGGGUCUUACUGGCUAUGAUUUCUUUUGGAUAGUUCCCAGCCUGGUUAGUGGUAACACAGAAAUCACUCCCAAGGAGUUUCCUUCAGGACUCAUUUCAGCAUCUUAUGAUGAAUGGGACUACAGUUUAGAAGCUCGGGUACGAGAUGGCCUUGGAAUUAUUGCCACUGCAGCAUCAGCCAUGCUGGAAAAAUACUCCUUCAUUCCUGAAGCAAAAACUAGCUGCUAUGGACAACUGGAGAAAAACGACCGACCAACUCACACCUUGCACAAGUUUAUGAUGAAUGUGACUUGGGAAGGUAAAGAUUUGUCCUUCACAGCAGAUGGUUAUCAGGCACACCCCAGGCUGGUCGUGAUAGUACUGAACAAUGAGCGCGAGUGGGAAAAGGUGGGGAAAUGGGAGAAUAACUCACUGAGCCUGAAGUACUCUGUCUGGCCAAGGUACAGCUCUUUCGCAGACAGUGACCCAGAUGAUAACCAUUUGAGUAUUGUCACCCUGGAGGAGGCUCCCUUUGUCAUUGUGGAGGAUGUGGAUCCUCUGAUGGAAAGCUGCCAAAAAAACACCGUGCCAUGUCGUAAAUUUGUCAAAAUUAACAACUCAACUAAUGAAGGAAUAAAUGUAAAGAAGUGCUGCAAAGGAUUCUGCAUCGAUAUCUUGAAGAAGUUGUCUAAAACAGUCAAGUUCACAUAUGACCUGUAUUUGGUGACUAAUGGGAAACACGGCAAAAAAGUCAAUAAUGUGUGGAAUGGAAUGAUUGGUGAAGUGGUGUAUCACCGUGCAGUUAUGGCUGUGGGAUCUCUCACUAUUAAUGAAGAGCGCUCGGAAGUGGUUGACUUUUCAGUGCCGUUUGUGGAGACUGGCAUUAGUGUCAUGGUGUCACGGAGCAAUGGCACAGUUUCACCAUCUGCUUUUCUAGAGCCUUUUAGUGCUUCUGUCUGGGUGAUGAUGUUUGUGAUGCUUCUCAUUGUGUCGGCCAUGGCUGUCUUUAUAUUUGAGUACUUUAGUCCUGUAGGAUACAACAGGAACUUAGCCCAAGGGAGAGAUCCCCAUGGACCAUCCUUUACCAUUGGAAAGGCAGUGUGGUUACUCUGGGGUUUGGUAUUCAACAACUCUGUGCCUGUGCAAAACCCUAAAGGGACAACAAGUAAAAUCAUGGUGUCAGUUUGGGCUUUCUUUGCUGUCAUUUUCCUGGCUAGCUAUACUGCCAACUUAGCUGCAUUUAUGAUUCAAGAGGAAUUUGUUGACCAGGUGACUGGACUGAGUGAUAAAAAGUUUCAGAGACCAUAUGAUUAUUCACCUCCUUUUCGAUUUGGAACAGUCCCAAAUGGGAGCACAGAGAGGAAUAUCAGAAACAACUACCCAGAUAUGCACCUUUACAUGACAAAGUAUAAUCAGAAAGGAGUUGAAGAUGCCUUGGUCAGCUUGAAAACUGGGAAGUUGGACGCUUUCAUCUAUGAUGCAGCAGUGCUGAAUUACAAGGCUGGAAGAGAUGAAGGCUGCAAACUUGUCACAAUAGGGAGUGGAUACAUCUUUGCCACUACAGGCUAUGGAAUAGCACUUCAGAAAGGAUCACCUUGGAAGAGACAAAUUGAUCUAGCCCUUCUUCAGUUUGUUGGAGAUGGGGAAAUGGAAGAGUUAGAAACCCUGUGGCUGACUGGUAUUUGCCACAGCGAGAAGAACGAAGUCAUGAGCAGCCAGCUGGACAUUGACAACAUGGCAGGAGUGUUUUACAUGCUUGCAGCAGCCAUGGCACUCAGUUUAAUAACCUUUGUCUGGGAACACUUAUUUUACUGGAAACUUAGAUUCUGCUUCACUGGAGUCUGUUCUGAUAGGCCGGGAUUGUUGUUCUCCAUCAGCAGGGGUAUUUACAGCUGCAUUCAUGGAGUGCACAUUGAAGAGAAAAAGAAGUCUCCUGAUUUUAGUCUGACCAAUUCUCAAACCAACAUGUUAAAACUACUGCGAACAGCGAAAAAUAUGACCAAUAUCAAUCCUUCAAGAAUUAAUUCCCCCAAAAGAACAGCUGAUUUUAUUCAGAGAGGUUCCUUAAUUAUGGACAUGGUCAUGGAUAAGGGCAACUUGAUCUUUUCUGAUAACAGAUCCUUUCAGACAAAGGACAACAUUUUUGGUGACAACAUGAGUGAACUGCAGACACUUCCUAGCAACCGACACAAGGACAAUCUUAAUAACUAUGUUUUCCAGGGCCAGCAUCCUCUCACACUGAAUGAGUCCAAUCCAAAUACAGUAGAGGUUGCGGUAACAGCAGAAGCAAAAGUGAACUCCAGACCUAGGCAGCUUUGGAGGAAAUCUGUUGAAUCUAUACGUCAGGAUUCUGUACGUCAGGAUACUGUACGUCAGGGCCAAGGUUCCCAGAGAGAAAAUGGGUCAGAUGAAAACAGGCAGCUUUCACUGAAAAGCCAAAGAUACCUUCCUGAAGAGAUUGUCCAUUCAGAUGUAUCAGAGACAUCAAGCCGAGCUACUUGCCAUAUGGAACCUGAAAACAACAACAAGCACCACAAAACCAAGGACAACUUUAAAAAAAGGACAGGAGCAUCAAAACACCCAAAAGACUGUAGUGAAGUGGAACUGACAUAUCUGAAAACCAAACAGAGCUCUCCACGGGAUAAAAUCUACACAAUUGAUGCUGACAAGGAGCCAGGAUUCCGCUUGGACACGCCUCAGUACAUUGAAAACAUUGUCCUUCCAGAAACGAUAGAGCUCCCUGACGUUUAUCAAGAUCACAACGAGAACUACAGGAAAGCAGAGCAUGCUAACAGGACUCCCUCCCAUAAUGAAGACAGUCUUCCAAAUAAUGACCAGUAUAAACUUUAUGCAAAGCACUACACUUUAAAAGAUAAAAAUGCUUCCCUAGGUGACAUGAAUGAUAGAUACAGACAGAAUUCCACCCAUUGCAGGAGCUGUCUUUCCGAUUUGCCCACUUAUGCGGGACACUAUACAAGCAGAUCUCCUUAUAAAUGUGACGCAUGCUUGCGGAUGGGGAACCUCUAUGAUAUUGAAGAAGAUCAGAUGAUGCAGGACACAACGAACUUAUCGCUUCCUGAAGAAAUAUAUGAGCACAGCUGGUCACAAAAUAAUGCUUUGCAUAAAAAAAAUAAGUUGAGGAUUAGCAGGCAACAUUCUUUUGAUAAUAUCGCUGAGAAGUCCAGGGAAAUCGAUUUUGGAAGACGUUCUCGUAGUAUAAGCUUGAAAGAAAGAGAGAAAUUUCUACAAAGUAGUCCAUAUGCAAGCAUGUUUAGUGUUCCCUCAAGCAAACUGUUGAGCAACAAGGCCUCACUUUUAACUCAUGCUCUAGAGGACAGUAAGAGGAGCAAGUCCCUGUAUCCUGUUCACUCAGAUGACAAUCCCUUCCUGCACCCGUAUCGUGAUGACCAGCACUUAUCUCUUAGGCGAAGUCCGGCUGAUCUUUAUAAACAUUCAUUACCAACAAGAGGAAGACAUGAUAAUUAUUUAAGGUCAUCCAUAAAGUCUACAACAUCAUAUUGUUCCAGGGAUGGUCGGAUCCAUAAUGACAUCUGCUGCUAUUCUUGAAGAGGAGAAAAGAAUCUUCCUGCAUAAGUGGCCAUCCUUUCUGUACCUUUCUGGAUGGUGCUGGUGACUUGUUACAUUUUCCUGAUUACAGCUCUAGCAGUUUGUUGGUCAUUCCUAUCACCAAGAUUUCCUGUGACUCCAGCUGGAACUGAAUCAGGCUGUAAAUGAUAUGGGCCAUUCUUGGUAGCAUGUCCUGUAGUGUUACACUGCUCCUGGAUGACACCUUUUAUGGAGGCAGGAUAUUGAAUUGCUGAGGAAUGGAGUAGGUACAUGGAGGUAAAACCAGCUACAUAGACAUACCUGCCUCUUGCUUUUUGCCUCUUUUAAAGACAUUGUAGAAUUUCUUCAUGUUUUUGUCUUUUCCUUUUCACCACAGGUUUUCCUUUUUCCUUUCAAAUGGAUUUUGUGUUCUGCUUGUGUUUCUUAGACCAGUGUAGCCACCCACUAACUUGAACGCAUGGAAAUAAGAUAAUAUAUAAGAUAAAAUUAAGGAAAAUUAAGAGGUUUUGUAUUUCUGGGAAAUUUCUUUUAAUGUUUUUGCAGCUUUUGCUCAGAAUUCAUUAUUCUGCUAUCUAAGAAGCUUGGUUAGGAGAAAGAGUGCUGUGGACAAAUAGAAACCAAAUCACCAUCACCUCACUGUGUCUUGGCAGCAUCUCAUGAAUAUAUGUCUUUUUCUCUAUGAUCUUUCAGGAACACUGAAGAAGGGAAAUAAGGCUCAAAGGGGAGAUUGGGAGUGGUGUUACUUAUUCUGGCAAAAUUAAAUCAUUUUUCCAUAGUUUUUAAGGAAGCAAAAGCUAGAGCUGUAUGUAUAGGUUUGGGUUACUAUGCUGGAAGCCUAAAGCUCUUUCUGUGGUCACUGGAGAAAGAGAGAGAGAAAGCUCCAUCUGAAUAGCAGUUCAGAACUCUGAAGGCUUAGGAGCAGUUAUGUGUGAUGUGCCCUGGAAGAUUUUACCUCUCUCUAUUAUAGACUUUUUAGAAAGUAGAGGAUCCUCACUUAAACAUCUCAGUUAGGUGAGCUUAGAAAAGUAAUGAUCUAUUGAUCCCCAGCCUCAGAAAUCUGCUUGUUAAAUCUGUGAGUACUAAGUUAAACCUUGGAGAUGCAUACAGGUUUCUGUACAUUUACAAGUAGUUACUAAGGCAGCACCUGUCAUUUAUGGGGUUUACAGUCCUCCCAGCCUAGUUUGGUCUCACUGUUUUCUUCAUACCAUUUGACUAUCCAGCAUGAAAUAGAAGUGUCAGAGUUUAUUCCUUGUAGAAUAACUUGCUGUUUUCUUAUUUCUGCAGUGUAUCCUAUGCAUCUUAGUGACAGGGAAGAUUUUGGUACUAUUCUUUCCCUUGCAGGGUUCAUCAAUAUAGAACAGGGAUUGUGGUUUGACUCUAAGGGUCUGAGAAUCAGCUUGGAUUUAGGGGGAAUUUGAGAGGUGAAUCUUUUUGUUGUUUUACAUUACAUUUAAGAUGUUCCAUAUAUAAAACCUAGUGAAAACAAAUAUUUUAUGGCAAAGUCCUCUCUAAGUUAAUACAGAACAGUAAAUAUCCUGUGGCUUGCCUAGAUUGUGUUAAGUGGUAAUCAGCACAUCAUGUGCUUAUUUCGAGAUGGAGUGUCAUCCAUUCCCUUGCUAAACUUUCCCUUUCCUAGCUUUAUUCUUCCCUUAGCUCAAAAAUCCUUUUA